ACUGCGUAGAUUGAGUGAAAUUUAUUUUUGAUCCGAAAUGCCAGUCGGAAAUAAUUGGACGAAUUAUAAAAAUCUGUUGGAGGAGGUGAAACCCUACGAUUUAAUCGAAAUUAGUAGAAAUAUGUUCUGCCAUUAGGCAAUGUACAUCGGGAAGGGAGUUGUUGUACAUGUCGUCCAAGGAGAGUCCGGCAACGAAAGUGUGGAAACAUUUGGCAAAAAGGGUUUCGAAAUGUUAUCCGACGUUGUUGGAGAUUGCGAGUGCAGAAUUAAUAAUUUGGAUAAAAUUGCCGGGAACACUGGGUUAAGGAAACAAGAAGAUUUGAAGAUAUUUGAAAAUUUUAACGAACCUGAACUGUUUUCCGGGUCUAAAGUUGAUGUCCCGUAUUCAUUGUUGGAAAAAAAUUGCGAAUAUUAUGUGAAGGUAUGGAGAUAUGGGAAAAGAUUUACGGUACAGGGGGAAAUGGGUAUCAAGGUCGGAAUAGCUUUUCUCAAACUACUUUCUGACGAGGACAUAGAGGCAGAAUCGACACCUGACAAUUUCUGGGAAUUGAGGUUUAGUGAGGAAGAUAGAGAUCAUUGGGUUGAAUGGAUAGAAUCCAGAACUACGAAUGCUAAAAGAAUUCCAAUGCUAACCAUGGGUAUUUUUAUUCUACUAAAUCAUCUCGGUUGUCCUUGGAUUUGGAUUGCAAUCGGGAAACUGCUAUCACCUAUAAUUGUGGCGUGUUUGGCUUCAAAAUUUCCUGCUGUAAUUCGAUUUUGCGCUCUGUUACUGCUGGUUAACUCACCAUUUUGUGAAUUAAUUGCGUCAUUCGGAUUAGGAUGUUGUAUGAAAGGAAGUCGUAAUCCUGUCUGGAAAAUAAUAUCAUGGAUUUCCGUGUUCUUUUUAGCCAUGCUACAGUUGCUACUGCUGCGUUUGCAUCUUUCUUUCUUGUAUAUUGUGUAUCCAAUGUGCAACCAGUGUUGAAAUAUAUGGUAAAAAUUAAGGAAAAAUUUUUUGAACUUUUUGAAAUACCACAAGGUGAAUUUGACAUUUGAAAUUUUGAGGAAAUGCUUAAUAUGAUAGUCAUACAUAGCUUCAAGGCGGGUUAGUGUGGACACUUUUCGGAAAAUUAAAUUUAUUUUAUAAAAUAAAAUAUCAUUACAAUGCAAAAUUAAUUGUUUAAAAAUUACUAGAGGAUUAGUUAACUAUUAGACUUCAUAUUACAGACAUCAAAUUUUGUAGAAUAUAAUUUAAAUUCGUAGUGUCAAGUGCCAAAUAGUAUGUACUUAUGUAAUGAUUGUGUAAUGCUAAGAUAUUCAUUAUUUAACUUCAGUCACUUCCGACUUGACAUAGAUUUUUUAAAAUGACAAAUCUGGCCUGUAAAUUGGAAACUGUCCUCGCAGAUCGGUCUCAACUUGCUGGUUUUAACUGGAUAUGUAAUUUUAUCAGCACUUUUAGCUUCGUAAAUUUGAAAUAGAAUUAUUUUAUUUUCCAAUGAAUACUACCUUCUUGGCACGAAUUAUCAUUAAUUUCGCGAAUGCUUCCUCGAAUAUAUAAAUUUUCUGACAUAAAAAUGAAUUCAUAUUCAAUAUCAGAAAAAUAAAUACGCCUAUAUUUUUCCUGUAAC